AUGUCCAGGCUCGAUAGGCUCGUGCUUCUUCUUGAUACAGGCUCCUCUGCCUUUAUUAGAAACACCGCAGCAGACCAGCUAUCAGACUCGGCUAAAAGCCAUCCAGAAGAAAUCUUGAACAUUCUUGCAAGAGUUUACCCUUACUUGAAAUCCCGCAAAUGGGAGACCAGAAUUGCUGCUGCUAGGGCUUUUGGGGGUAUUGUUGCAAGCUCUCCUGUGUGGAACCCUAAUGAAAUCAAGGAGGAGCCUCUCAAAAAUAACAAAGUGAUUGGCGAAAAACAUCAGGUGCAUCAAAGCAACACUGUAAAGACCGAAGAUAAUGGAGAUCUCCCGUUAAAAAUUAAAGAAGAAGAGGUGGAAGGAGAGUCGGAGCCAUUGGUUAAAAUUGAUCCUGAAAAACAGUUUGAGAAAAUUAAGGAAGUACUAUCAACUUCAGAUAAUGUAAAAUUAUCAGAUUUGAAUUUUGGUAGAUUGAUUAAUGAUUGCCCAAAACUUGUGGCAAGUGGUGUAUCAUUACUUGAUUUAAAUAAUAACAAAGAUUUAAUGGAAAAUUUGAAAUUAACAAAACAAUUACUCAAUGCCAGAUUAGGUUAUGGUGACCCGUCCAUUUUAAUAAAACAAGAGCAAGAAUAUAAAAGGUUAAAGAAAGAAUCUGAGCAAAAUAGGAUGAAGAAGGAAAAAGAAGAUCUUGCAAUAAAACAAAAGGAGGAAGAACUAACAAAAAAUUCCGUACAGUCCCAAAGCUCGCAGAGUAAAGGCUCUGCUGCUAGAUUGAGAGCAAUGGCUCGUAGAAGGGCCAAGCAGCAAGCGAGUAAUCAACAAAAUAAAAACGCGCCAGUGGACUUAUCACAAUCAUCCCUAUCAUCUUCGGUGGAGAAAGAUGAGCCAAAAGUAGUAAAAACUGAGCCAGCAAAAUUUGAAUUGACUUCCCAGGCUGAUGCAAAUACUUUGGUGAUGGAAACUAAAGUUUCAAGUAUAGCGUUUGAUGAGUCAGUAGGCGUAUCUGACAAAAUUUGGAAAUUUCAAGGUCUUUAUGAAUUGCUAGUAUUUGAUUUGUUUAACCCGAACUGGGAAAUACGACACGGUUCGGCGUUAGGUUUACAAGAAUUGCUAAAGGAUCACGCUAAAUCAAUAAACAGAAUCAGAGGGUAUACAAUUGAAGAAAACAACCGGAGAAAUUUGGACGCAUUGGAAGACUUAGUGGCAAAAAUUUUAACCUUGUUUGCGUUAGAUAGAUUUGGUGAUUAUAUUGGUGACAGUGUUGUUGCUCCUGUCAGAGAGUCAACAGCGCAAGCAUUGGCUGCUUUAUUAGUCAAUAUUGAUGAGUCUGUUGCUCCAGAAAAAGUACUAUUAGAAAAAAUAUUCAAUAAAUUGAUAGAGUUGGUCGUGCAAGAUCCAGUUGUAUUCCAAUUAACUAUCGAUAAAAAUAGAUCAAGCACAUGUUGGGAGGCCUCUCAUGGUGCCAUAUUAGGACUAAAGUACAUUGUCACGAUUAAGUCUGAUUUUAUAUUCCGCAAUGAUAAAGUAUUUCAGAGUGUCAUAUCGGUCGUGCUUGAUGGUUUGCAAAAUCAUAUUGAAGAAAUCCAAUCGGAAUCUGCUGCAUUAUUGAUCCCAAUUCUAGAUCACAUAUUACCAUAUAAUAAAUGGCUAACUAAGAUCGUAAAAACCAUUUGGAACAUCUUAGAAUCAAUACAUGAUGAUCUAAAGUCCUCUUUGAAUAACAUAUUAAACCUCAUCUCUUCUUUAGCAGAAUACCCAGAGGUGUUGAAGUUAAUGAAAGAUAUGUCAUCUGGACCUAUGACAAUUCAAGAAAAUGGUGAUGCGUCGCAUUAUUAUUCCUUUGAAAAUUUAAUGCCGAAAUUAUAUCCAUUCUUCCGUCAUUCCAUUUCCAAUAUUAGAAAAUCGGUCCUUCAAACUUUCUUGUCCUUUUUGAAUAUUAAGGAAUCUGCAAGUGCUGUUUCUUCUUCAAGACAAUGGUUCCAAGAUCCAUUGCUUUUCCGCUUAGUUUUUCAAAACUUGCUAUUUGAACAGCAUCCGGAUAUUUUGGCAUUAUCUGAGAAAGUAUUCAGAAAAAUUGUGAACAAGAAUCUUGAGUAUAACGAAUUAGUCCCAUGCUCAAGUUCAAUUGAAGAUGUUUUUAAAAUUCACUCAACACCACUUUUGAAUUUAAUUUUGGUGCCACUAGGUAUCAACAGAUUAAAUUACCACAUGAAUAAUUCUGAUGUCUUGAAACCAAAUGGUGAACCGUACUCCAAUGAAACACAGACCAACAAUUCCAUGCAACAUAAAAGAGGCCGUAAAAGAAAAUCUCCGCCGGCAGAUGUGAUGAAUAAGGUCAGUGGUGAGGAAGGUUAUAUUGCGUCAAGUGCAACCCCAAGUGAUAGUGAACAUCCAAGCUCUGCGGAUUUGCAUGUUAAUAUUGAUGCUCCUAUAUUGAAAGGUGAUAUCGCCUUAUUGGGGAUUGAUGUGUUUAUAAGGACAAGGAUUGCGGCCUCAAAAGCGUAUGGGUUUAUUUUAAGUUCUUUUAAUAGUGAUGGUGAGAUUUUGAAUAUCUUUACAAGAUUGAAACAAAGUUUAAAUUCUAAUUUAUCUACACCAAGAAUUUACUCAGCCAUGAUAAUUGAGGAGUAUUUUGUCAGAUUAGGGGAAUUAAAUAAACAUCAAAAUUCAGUAUUGGUGAACUUGAUUCAGCCAGUGCUACUCAAAUAUUUGAAUGAGCCAGAAAAGUUGCCUUACUAUAGGGAAUUAGUUCCUUCGCUCAAGGCAGUCAGAAAUAAUUGUUCUGAAUUAUUCCUUAGAUUUGAAGAAAACGGUGGAGUCCCUCAUAGUAAAAUUCCAUUAUUGCCUGUAAUAGUACAAGGCGAAAAACAGGCUGGUAAUAAUGCCUUCAGUGUUGCUGAUGCUGAAAAGGUUGUGAAUCAAUAUUACACUAAAUUAUUCAAGUUGCUAUCGGGAGCCUCCAAGUUUACCGCAUCUGAAGCUUUGGAAAACUCAAAGCAAGUAAUUGUUCAAGCAAUUGAGAACAUUAAUGAAUUAAAAUCUAGUAGAAAUAUCACCAUUCUAUCUAGCUUCGCUGGCGCAGCCUUGAAAAUCUACAUCAAUGCUGAUUCUUUGCCACCGAAAUUGAACCCAUUUAUCAGAUGCUUGAUGGAUUCUAUUAAAUCAGACUCUGAGUUGUAUCAGUACAAUACUGCGAAGUCUGUGGCUGCACUUAUCUAUAAGUUGGUGGACUCUAAAAAGUCGAAGAUUUACGAAAAAGUGGUGAAGAAUUUAUGCUCAUAUUUGAGUGUUCAAUUUCCUGAAUUUCAACCAAAUAGAGACCUCCAUAACGUCAUCUUUUCUUUGGAGAUUCAGAAAUCUGUGGCCAAAUUGAAUAGCUAUGAAAAUUCGCACAUUACUAAAGUGUUGGGAGCUAAAACUACUCUAUAUAUGAUUAUAGAAUACUAUGGAAAUGAAAUCUUUGAUAGGUUGCCAAUCUUGCAGAAACUGGCUUUCGAUUCUCUGAAAUCUCUAUUAAUUACUGAUGAAAAUGUGACCUAUGAGGACGAUAAGAUUGCCCAAUCAAUUAUUGACAGUAUGGGAAUCAUUGAAACUAUUUCACCUAAGUUGAAUGAAGAACUUUUAUUUGGUUCCAACUUAGAUCUCAAUGUUUUGUUACGCGGCUUGAAAUCAAAGUACUCCAUCUUCAGGUAUGCUGCCUCUAAAUGUUUAGCUAUAUUGUGCAAACAUUUUCCAAUAAAAACAAUCCCAUUUGUUGUCACUAAUGUGUUGCCAUUGCUUAAGAAUUCUGGCUUUUUGUCAAAUAGGCAAGGUGCUAUUGAAACUAUCUAUCAUUUAUCCAAUAUUAUGGGUGCUGACAUCUUACCAUAUGUUAUUUUCUUUAUUGUUCCUGUGCUCGGUAGAAUGAGUGAUAGUGAUCCGAAUAUUAGAGUCUUAGCUACAACAACAUUUGCUUCCAUUAUUAAAUUGGUGCCUUUGGAGGCAGGAAUUGAAGAUCCGCAGGAUAUGCCAAAAGAUUUAUUAGAAGGCAGAGAAAAGGAAAGAAGCUUCAUCCGAGAACUUAUGAAUCCGAAGGAGAUUCCAGAUUAUGAAUUACCAGUAGCUAUCAAGGCCACACUAAGAAGUUACCAAAAGUCUGGUGUCAACUGGUUGCAUUUUUUGAACAAGUACAAUUUACACGGUAUUUUAUGUGAUGAUAUGGGAUUGGGUAAAACUUUACAAACGAUUUGUAUUGUCUCCAGUGAUCAUCAUAAUAGAAUUGAGCAAUUUGCGAAGACUGGGCUAGAUGAAUUUAAGAAAUUACCUUCUUUGGUGGUGUGUCCGCCUUCUGUUAUGGGUCAUUGGGAACAAGAAAUUAACCAAUAUGCCCCAUUCUUAUCGGUUUUGGUUUAUAGUGGCUCUCCAACAGUUCGAAAUCCAUUGAGAACCCAAUUUGAUUCUGCUGAUAUCAUUGUCACUUCUUACGAUGUCAUGAGAAAUGAUGUUGAGUUCGUUGCCACCAAAAAUUUCAAUUAUGCUGUUCUCGAUGAAGGGCAUAUCAUCAAGAACGCCAAUUCCAAAUUAAGCAAAUCUGUUAAGAGAAUCAGAGCUGAGCACAGAUUGAUUUUGACUGGUACUCCUAUUCAAAAUAAUGUUUUAGAAUUGUGGUCGUUAUUUGAUUUUUUGAUGCCUGGCUUCUUGGGAACGGAAAAAUAUUUCCAGGAAAAGUUUUCCAAGCCGAUUGCUGCUAGCAGAAACUCUAAGACUUCUUCUAAAGAACAGGAAAAGGGAGCGUUGGCAUUGGAGGCAUUGCAUAAACAAGUCUUGCCAUUUAUGCUUAGAAGAUUGAAAUCUGAAGUCUUGAACGAUUUGCCGCCAAAGAUUAUUCAAGAUAGAUAUUGUGAAUUAAGUGAUAUCCAGAAGGCUUUGUAUAAAGAUUUUGUUAAAAAAAAGAAAAAUGUUGUGGAGGAAGAUUUGAAAAACGCUAUACAAACUGAUGAAGGUGAAGGAAAUGGUAAACAGCAUAUUUUCCAAGCGUUGCAAUACAUGAGAAAAUUAUGUAACCAUCCAUCGUUGGUUUUAAGCUCAAAUCACCCAAACUAUAUGCAAGUUCAACAGUAUUUGAAAGAUUCAAAGUCUGAUAUUGAUGAUAUUAGACAUGCGCCUAAAUUGUUGGAUUUGAAGAAUUUGUUGAUUGAAUGUGGUAUUGGGGCUUCUUCUUCUUCUGCUUCUGGUUCUUUGAAGAAGCAUUUAUCUGAGAAGCAACAAAAGCAGCAGGAACAACAACAAUUGCUCUCUGAUGGUGUUAUCUCUCAACAUCGUGCAUUGAUCUUUUGUCAAUUGAAGGAAAUGUUAGAUAAGGUUGAAGAGGAUUUAUUGAAAAAACAUUUGCCAAAUGUUACUUAUAUGAGACUUGAUGGUAGUACCGAACCGCGUAUGAGACAGCAACUAGUCACAAAGUUCAAUUCCGACCCAUCAAUUGAUGUAUUGCUCUUAACUACGAGGGUUGGUGGUUUAGGCUUAAACUUGACUGGUGCUGAUACUGUUAUCUUUGUUGAGCAUGAUUGGAACCCUAUGAAUGAUUUACAAGCUAUGGAUAGAGCACACAGAUUAGGUCAAACCAAGGCAGUCAAUGUGUAUAGAUUGAUCACUAGACAUACACUUGAAGAAAAAAUUAUGUCAUUACAACAAUUCAAGGUUAAUGUUGCCUCUGCUGUUGUUAGUCAGCAAAAUAAUAAUUUAAAUUCUAUGGAUACUGAUCAAUUAUUAGAUCUAUUCGACGUCGAUGAUAAAGAUGAUGGCCUUGGCAGUAAUGGUGGAGAAGCUGAAAAGAAUGGGGACGGCGAAGAUGGCCCUAUUGAUGAUUUAGGAUUGGGGGGUAAGGCAAAGAAGGCACUCGGUUCCCUUGCUGACAUGUGGGAUAACUCCCAGUACGAAGAUGAAUAUAAUGUCAAGAACUUUGUUGAUAGAUUGGCCUCUAGAAAGAAAUGA